ACACAACGUGGUGCGUGUGUGUGUACAUAUUUAAUUUUAAUACCAUCCCUCCAUCUCUCUAACAAAGGAAUCCCAGAAAAAAGUUUUUCUUUAGGCUCUUCUACCUAUGUUGCGAUCAUAUCAAAAUGACAAACACUAGGUGGUUCAAGUUGAUCAUAUCUCCCAUGCCAAGAGUAGGUAGAUCAAGGAAAGAGAGCGAUGAAGAUAGCUUGUGCAGGAAGCCAAACGUCAAUGAAGAAUACCAGGAAGCUUUCAGAACAAAAUCUUACAUGGAAAUAUGCAGCAAAGCACAGGGGCAGCUGGUAAACGCAAGCAUCACCACAACACCUUCUUCUUCGCCAUCUUCGUCUCUUCCUUAUUCCUUGCAUCUCACUGAACAUUUGCUCGAACCCCAACAAGAGACCGUUACGAAUAUGACCCAAACCUUGAAGAGGCAUCAUCUUCUGUUGGAGUACUUCGAAGCUAGCUUGGAGGCAUGCCAUUACUGCGACACAAUCCUUGAAGCAAUCCUUCAUAUGCAUGUUUCGUAUAAGAAAAUCACGAGGGUCCUGAAGCUGAGCAAGUUUAUGCUUGAUUGUCCAGACACAGACCGAACCCACAAGGCGAUCUAUAGAGAUCUUGCUUCCUUCGCACGACAAAAGAACCCUUUUUCCAUUAUCAGCUCCUCUCAGUUCCGCGACAUUCACAAAGCAUACGCGGGGCUUCUGCACAGACUAAAAUCAGAAGAUCGGAAGAUUCGAAGAAGAGGGAGAUUUAAGAGAAUUUGCAAGAUGGUUGGAGGAGUUGGUCUUACCAUCUUGCACGGUGCUAUUCUGAUUAGUUUGCUAAUUUUUGCGUUGCAUAGCAUAGUUGGCACAGUGGCAGCACCCUGUAUAGUAGUUGGCUUGGUAGGUUUAUUCAGGAAAAGAAUCAAGCGGGCUCUGGGUAGUGAUUUUGGAAGACAGUGUGAGCAACUUGAUAUUGCUGCUAAAGGGGUUUAUAUGCUGAUCAAUGACUUCGAUACCAUGAGCAGGAUGGUUAAAAGGUUACAAGAAGAAGUGGAUCAUCGGCAAGCAGUUGCUGAUAUGUGCGUUAAGAAUGGCAAGUGUGAAAUACUGAAGCAGGUUUUGAGGGAAUUUCAUGACCAUGAGUCUAACUUUUUGGAUCAGUUAGAAGAGCUUGAAGAACAUAUCUAUUUGUGCUUUCUCACAAUAAACAGAUCCCGAAAACUUGUUCUUCAAGAAAUUAUGGAGAAACAAUAGUUGAAUAAUUCCAUACCUUUUGUCUCUGCUUUCACAUUUCAAGGCCGAAGGAGGUAGCAGCAACGAGCAUCUAGUCUAGUUCCAAUUGAAACUAGUGAUCAGCCAGAAUGUACGGCUUCAGGACAUCAAAUUUUGGUGCUUAUUCCCCUCAAGUGCCUGAUCCUUUGGUCACACGGACGGAGUAAGGAGUGGUCUCCAUUGCAUUUAAUAGUUGGUUUUGACCAUUUUAGUUAUGUGGUGAGUGAUGAAAGAUCAAAUCGAUUUUUCUUGUUUUGUCUUCUUA